AUGAUUGAACGGAACCUUCUACUGCUGACCUUGCUGGUGACCGUCGCGCUGCAGCAGCAUACUACGACAGCCGCAGCCGUCGAUGGCGUGAUCAUCGUGCGCGGAAAUAAACUUUACAACGCCAAUUCGGGCGAGCGCUUCUUCAUUAAAGGGGGGGGUACUUCAGGAGUCAUUUGCUGGACCGGUGAGUCACUAUCCAAGUCAAAACCUCCAAACGAGUCCUUUGAAGUCGACUCGACAACGGCACUAGGAGCCAUUUGCUGGACAGGUGAGUCACUAUCCAAGUCAAAACCUUCAAACGAGUCCUUUGAAGUCGAUUCGACAACGGCACUAGGAGCCAUUGUGCACUCUUUUGUGUCAGCUAAGACGUCGCUAACAAGCAGCGUGACAGAGGAAGCAAGUAAAGCGUGA